CCUGAGAAAAAUAAAGAAAAUAGCUCUAAGUAAAAGUCGUGGUGGGCAUCAAUCAACAACAAACAGCUAGUGUAUAAUACAUUUGAUAAUAUUGCGGAAAGUUUGUUGAUUAGUACUAUAAUCAUAAAUUAUUGUUGUUGCAUAAAUUUAAUUGACGUGAUACCCAUUUUCUCUUGAGAAAAACAACCGGGCCACUAUUUUUUAAAAAUGGUUUGUUCAUUAAGAAUGCGAAUGGUCAGGUCCAAAUGAAAAAGUACAACAGAAAACAACGAAAUUUAAAAAGCCAAAACAAGUGGCCCAAAACAAAAAUGGGCCAGAACCCAAUAGAGUCCAGACCAAAGCCAAACACAUAUGUUACAGGCCUCAAACCCUAAUCGCUUUCUGCCCCUCAUGAGUUCUCUGUCGUCGCCGUCGAAGCCAUCGCCGCCGCCUGGUAACAUACACAAUUGUGCAACCCAUCAGCUACCGCCAACAUGCACCAAACAAAGGCACAAGCUUCCGCCAGUCCCAGAUGGCGGGAUGAUGAAGAAGACAACUCCAAUCAUCCCACCCCGGGUCGAUCCUCCUCCGCCUCUCGUCGCACCUUAACAAGAAAACAUAAGAUCAAACGGUCAGUCGGCAGAGGAAACAGAGGAUUGAGCACUUCUGUUUUCAAGCGCCUCUAAUUGAGUCCAUCGCCACACGACUGCAUCUCCGAAACACCUCGACCUGUAAGGUGAGACAAGGCGAAAAAGUUAAACUGCUAACAAUGCUUUUUGUUAGCAGAUACUGAUAGGGUUGGAUGGAGGCCCACGUGGAGGUAACUCAGAUCCAAGGGAUGCAAAUAGAAGGCUCAUUUAAGUGAUUUCUUGUGGCUUUUUAGCCCAGCCAAGUAAAGGGGGGAGCCGAUGGGUUUGGCUUGGUAGAAGCCAAUGUUUUGGGCGGGAGAAAGGGAAAAAAGGGGGUCUGGCGGAUGAUUAAAAUGGAGAGAGAAACUGAUAAAGUGGCCUAUGCGGGUCCACCAAGAAAAAAGUAGGAAAAAAGAGAAUUAAUUGGAGAGAGAAGAGAAGUGACAGAAAAAAUAUAAAGAAAAGUGAGAAAUAAUUGGAGAGAGGAGGGAAGUGACAGAAAAUGAAAAGAAAAAAUGGAAAAAGUAAUUGCAAAGAAGAGAGAAGUGACGAAAAAGUGGGGGGGGGGGGGGGAAGAGAGUGAUUGGGGGAAUUUAUUUUUGGACCACUUCUUUUCUCUCUCAACCUCUCUUAUUCUUUUUCGUGUGGAUAUUUAUCCAUGGACUGAAGGAUUUCAAGUUUAUGUGGUCAGAUAUUAGUCUGGGCGGUAUGGAUAUUUAUUUUUGCAUGAACUGAUUUUAUAUGCAGUGGAUAUUAGUUUGUGAAGUAAUAAAUAUUGUGUCUUCCAUCAAAAUUAAACACACUAUCAAGUCCUAACACAUAAGGCUUGCAACCUUAGUUAGGGCUGCCCGCCGAGGGCCCAUGGGCCGAAGGCCUAUGAAACAAUAAUAGUAGGAGAGUGAGGGUUUAGGGUUUAUGAUUUAGUGAUUAGUCUUGUAGUCGGAUAUUAAACUUGGUGGUGUUUGUAUUUGUUUUUGCAAAGAAUGCGUAUUAGUUUAGGUGGUUCGGAUAUUAGCUUUGGUUGAAUUGAUAUUAGUUCAUAUUUUCAACUAUUUGUCUCGGAUGUUUGGAUAUUUGUGUUCUCAUUAACUGAUAUUAGUCUGUUGAUAUUAGUUCAUUAGCCAAUUUAAUUACUUUUCGUAUUAGUUUGCGAUUGUUAGAUAUUAGUCUAUGUGUGGUGGGUAUUAGUCUGCGAUGUUCAGAUAUUAGUCUGUGUGUUGUGGGUAUUAUGAUGUAUGGUGAGGAUAUUAUUUACGAUCUGAAUGUAUAUUAGUCUUAGGCGAUGAGAUAUUAGUCCGGGUGUUGUGGAUAUUUGUUAUGGUGAACGUAUAUUAUUCUGGGUGGUUUGGAUUUGUUUUGUGUGGAUGUUUAUCUAUGUUUAUUUUGAAAUUUAGUUUAAUUAGCGAUUAAGGUUUAGUGUUUAUGUGUAAUUGGUAUUAGUUUUAGGGUUUAGAAUUAGGGUUUACAUUUUAGAGUUUGGAGUUUAGGGUUUAGGAUUCGCAUUUGGGGUUUAGGGGGUUGGGGUUUAGGGUUCAGGGUUUGGGGUUGAGGUUUAGAGUUUAGGGUUCAUUAGCCAGUUUAAUUACUUUUGGUAUUAGUUUGCGAUUGUUAGAUAUUAGUCUAUGUGUGGUGGGUAUUAGUCUGCGAUGUUCAGAUAUUAGUCUGUGUGUUGUGGGUAUUAUGCUGUAUGGUGAGGAUAUUAUUUACGAUCUGAAUGUAUAUUAGUCUUAGGCGAUGAGAUAUUAGUCCGGGUGUUGUGGAUAUUUGUUAUGGUGAACGUAUAUCAUUCUGGGUGGUUUGGAUUUGUUUUGUGUGUAUGUUUAUCUAUGUUUAUUUUGAAAUUUAGUUUAAUUAGCAAUUAAGGUUUAGUGUUUAU